AUGUAUUAUGGAAUUCCACAGUACACAGAGGCCUAUAAUAAAAUAGUGAAAAGUUCCUCUAGUCCGUCAUCAUGCCGGCUAGUGAUUUUUGUUUCAUGUCUGAAUAUUGACGCGUUAUGUGCCACGAAGAUGCUUUCAAAUAUCUUCAAGAAACAGCUGGUGCAGACCCAGAUUAUGCCCGUAUUUGGAUACAGCGAGCUAAAAUUGCAUUACGACAAACUGGACGAAACAAUCAAUAGUGUAAUCCUGGUGGGGUUCGGUGGGUUUAUAGAUUUGGAGACCUUUCUAGAUAUAGAUUCAGACCAGUUACUUAUAGACGAAGAAAAGCAUUUAUACUCAAGAGAUAUUUACGUCUUCGAUGGACAUAGGCCUUGGAAUCUAGAUAAUUUGUUUGGGUCUGAUAUCGUUCAUUGUUUAGAUGAUGGUACCGUGGAAGAGAACCUCCAAGAGGAGAAGAACGCCUACCUGAAAUUAUUGCAGAUUGAAAAUGAAAGGGAGCAAGAUGAUGACGAUGAGGACCUUUCAGAUUCCUCUGAUGGUGAAGACGAUGAGGAGGGUGGUGCACAGACUGAUCGUGAUGAUGGUCAAGACGAUGAAGAUAGUGAAGAUGAGUUUAUGAAUAACAAUAACAAGCGCCAGAAAAAUGACGAGGAUACAGAGCCAUCCAGAAAAAUGUUGAUUAAACAGAGAAAGAAGGAGAUGCAUGAAUGUGAAAAAGUUCUAGAAACGUAUUACACACAGGGUACCACUAUUGUAAACUCGAUAUCUUCACAGGUUUACUCGCUUUUAUCAGGUAUCGGUGAAACCAACUUACAGAAUUUGUGGUUAACAAUUCUCGGUGUCACAUCCUUGGACACGAUGUACACAAGUGUCUAUUCGCGACUAUCCCCAAUUCUACAGGAUGAGGUGAAACGAUUAUCCCCGAAGAAUGGUCAGCUGGCGCUAAGAACGCCAGAUUCGUUUCACAUAGAUCUACAACCAGAUUAUUACCUCUUUUUGUUGAGACAUACAUCUCUCUACGAUGGAUUUUACUAUUCGAAUUACGUCAAUGCUAAAUUGUCGAUAUGGAAUGAGAAUGGUAAAAAACGAUUGCAUAAGAUGUUUGCACGAAUGGGUAUACCGUUGAUCACUGCACAAGAGUCGUACCUUUACAUGGAUAACUCUAUAAAAAGGGAGCUAAAACUAAUCUUCGACAAGAAUCUUAACAGGUAUGGACUCCAAGACAUUGUAAAGGAUGGAUUUAUAAAAACAUUUGGGUACCGUGGUGUGAUCAGUGCAAGUGAGAUGGUCGAGGCCCUCACUGCAUUACUUGAAGUGGGGACCCAUCUUUCAGUUGAUGAACGAGGUAAUAUAUUCCACGAGAACACAGACAAGACUGACCACAUAAGCGUAAAGAGUAGAUGGGUAUCCAAUUUCUGGCUCUCAUUUGAUGCCCUGGAUGAGCACAAGACAGACGUUUUGAAAUGUGGGCUAAGACAUGCAACUCUAUUACAGAAGGCCAUUUUCAACACUGGUGUAGCCAUUUUGGAAAAGCGGCUAAUCAAGCAUCUCAGAAUUUACAGGUUAUGUGUCCUUCAAGACGGCCCAGAUAUCGCUCUGUACCAAAAUCCUUUAACUCUAUUGAGAUUAGGUAACUGGUUAAUCGAAUGUUGUUCUGAAGCGGAAGACAAGCAACUACUUCCGAUGGUUCUUGCGAGCAUCAAUGAGGCUACAGACACGUAUUUAGUGGCAGGGCUCUCCCCCAGGUACCCGCGUGGGCUAGACACAAUCCAUACCAAGGCACCAAUAUUGAACAACUUCAGCAUGGCAUUCCAACAAAUUACAAAACAGACGGGCGCACAUGUGAAAAUAGACAAUUUCGAGAGUUCCAUCAUCGAGAUCCGUAGGGAGGAUCUGUCGCCGUUCUUGGAAAAAUUAACUUUAAGUGGACUCAUUUGA